CGUAGCAAAAGUGCACUCCUUCCAACAAGAAGAAAGAGACAAAAAGACAAAAAGACCAAGCGGAAAAUGGCCCAAGCGGCAUGUCCCUUAACUUGUUCAGGUACUUAUUACGGAAGUGCAUUACGACCAUCGACCGACCCCUACCUACCUAGAGCCAGCUACGGUAGUCACUAGCAACAACACAACACUACACAACACAACACAACCCCACCUGUCUCUGAAUGAAAGACUAGCUAGCUAGCUUAGCCCUCCGCAAGAAGCAGCAGUGUCCAUUGUGUCCUUGUACUGUAUUGUAGUUUUCGUCCAAUCUCUACUACUAGCUAGAGCUUUGACUCAGGCAAGCAGUUACUUGUUCGGUAGACCACUACUACACCUAUCCUUCAGCGGGCUGUUCGAUCGGUCUGCCAUCGAUUCCUCUUUCUUCCAUUCCUUGUGUGUAUACUAGUCUUGUGUGUGAUCAAACGCAGCCAUGCCACGCCCCAGUUAUUGCUUGGCAUGUCUGAUGAUCAAGCCGACGUAUUCGUUGCGACGACAAUUGAUGAUCAGUUAUGGUUGCACGGCGUUGUUGACAGUGACAGUGUGCGUAGUGGUCGCUGUCUUGUCGGCCAUUUCGGCGGGCCAUUUGGUCAAGACCGAUUCGAGAUUGUACAUGAAAGAACAAGUCUUGGCCAGUAUUCAGGCGACCAGUCGGUACGGGACAGCCGCCAUGACGGCGCGUCUCGCCAAUCACCAGGGGACGGUCGGGCUUCUCGAAGAAUUUGUUCUCGAUCGCAUCGUGGGAUACCCGUAUGUCGAAUACUACAACAACAAUUCUCAAGUUCCCUUUUACGAUAUGGAUUCCCAAACGGCCGUCUAUCCACUCGACAUUCCGUUGCCGACAGCCAACAACAACAACAACAACGACAGUUUGAUGCAACUGGAUUUCAAUGUCGAAAUGAACCUCCACGAACAAAACGUCGUCGAGAAUACCCAAGAACGAGCGGCAGCGUAUGGCACUGGCGUCAGUACAUCCCAUGCCAACUUUCACUUUCAAGGAAUCUGUGAUCCCAACGCUACGGAAGACAGUCGCGUCUACUAUCCCAAUUGUACCGAUGCCAACAAUGACUUUUUCACGGGAGGUGUCGUGUCACCGUCCAAUACAACCCUCUGGUUGGCGCAAGCAUCGGCCGAUUUGGUUCCCGCCCUCAAGGCACUGUGGGAAACCCAAUCGUCGGCGAUUCUCAUUGGCGUCUUUUUUCACAAUCGAGGAUCCGGCGCGGCCGUGUCAUUUCCCGGUCGCCAACGAGCGCCGUCGAGCGGCUACGAGUCGGUCGGAUGCGAUUGGAUGGCACAACCGAAUCCAUUGCGGCCACAUGAACCAAUUGGAACGCCGGAAGAAAUUGCCAAGUGUCAUCCACAAGGGACAUUUGUCCAUGGACGAGAAUACAAUCCCGUCGAACGGGAUUGGUGUCGCAAACAAGUACUAAAACCGAAUGAAUAUCACUUUUUUGGACCGUACCAUCCACCCCGGGCACCUCCCGGUGUGUGGCUCUUUGGAUUGGGCAAGGCGCUCUAUGAUCGCAAGACGGGACGAUUCGUCGCGUGUACCAGUGUCGAUUUGAGUUUGUACACGGUCAAUCAAGAUCUCAAACGAAUUGACAAUUAUACCAAGGGAGCACUGGUGCUCGAUGAUGGAACCAUUGUUAGUGGAGGGGAAUGGGUGUCGGGAAACACUACGGAAACGUUGGCGAUUUACGAUUCGUCUUGGCUCAAUAAAGACGAGUGGAUGCGAUUGACCAGUCAAAACUUUACCGAAACAUCCGAUGGGACAUUUCCCGAUUGGGAUGACUAUCAAGCCAUUAUUAUUGAACAAGAAAAUGGUGGUAGCUUUGUCACGGCGUAUCCCAUUGUGCUCUCGUCGGCAUCCUCCACGACGGGGACCGGACCCGCCAAACCGGACUUUUGGUUGGUCUUUUGUACACAAGGAGAAAUAUUCCAAGUCUUUGAUGACAUGGAUCAAGCCAUUGAUGACGAAGUUGGGGACUUGAUACGAGCCACUGUUAUUACUGGCGUGUUGGGUGCUUUGGUACUUUUGAUUGUGAUUUGGGUCAUUACACGAAUGUUGACGCGACCACUGGCAUGGAUUGAAACCGUUGCCUGGAAGAUUGUCAAUCAUGACAAGGAAGAAGACAAUAGUCUGAAUGAAAACACCAGUAUUCUGGAGGACGACGAGAAGAACACUUACGCGGGAGAACACGGUUCCGCUCUCAAGCAUUGUGUCCCCAAAACGGAAAUUAGUGAACUUGUGGCAGAGUUUUCCAAAAUGAUCCAAGGAUUCAGUGGCAAGGGUGCUUCCAGUGUAGCCAAGUCUCAUGUCCAGGAAAUACCCAACAUUCUAGAAUGGCAGACUGAUUUCCACUAUCUCUACCAUCAACAUCGUCGUUCCACCCUGCAGAACAACAGAAACCAAAACAACAACAUGAAACGCAGUGAUGUUCACGCGCUGUCGUGUCAUACCAAACAAGCCAGGAAACAGUCGAUCGGGACGGUCGAGGAGAAGGCUAAGGAGGAGAGACACCCGGACGCCCCCAUCAUGAGAAGUGCCAGCAGGUCAUCGAACGGAGGUCAUUCUGUUUUCACGGAUGACGAUGAUGAGAUUGAAUACGACAACUGCCUUACGACACAAGAGCAAGAAAAACCACUCGGUCACGCCGCCGACUAUGACCACGACGACGACGAUUCAUCAGAUGAUGACGAAGACGAGUUGAUGGCACCGUACGUUCCAGUCAUGGCGCCCCCUAGAAUAAACCUCGGACCAAACAUCCGGGCGUCAUCGUACCAUCGCAAGGGGGAUGCAAAAGACCCAGACGGUGCCAAUCGCGGUCAAGCAGUGGCAGCGACAAGAUCAUCACUGUUCCGCUGGAUUCUUUUCUUGGUGGUCGUCCCACAAGUCCUGACCGCCGUCUGCAUCGCAGCUUUGGUUUCUCAUUCGAUGCUCAAUGUCUUACCAAGCUGGGUGACACUAUCGGAGGAUGUUUCCUUUGAGCUCGCAAAGGAUACCAUUGAGGUUGCAGCAAUCAACAGAGCAUCCCUCGCGGAAUCAGUGUUGCAAGGGCCGGUGCGAGACCUCUUUCUGCUGACGCGAAUGGCAGGGUGGCUCUUGCUAGAUGGAAUUGUACGGUCGAGCAGUUUUACAGAGGUCACCGAAAACGUUGAAGAAUGCAAAACUUACUCGGCAAGUCUGGAUGGCGUCGAGUGCCCAGCCUACAUUGAUCCAAGCAGAACGCAAUGCGACUGCGAUUGGAAUGAUCUUUUCGAGCUGCCGUGUCAAGACUAUGAUGAGUUCGAGUCGCGGAAAUUUCAAAAGCUGUUUUACGAAGGAAAAAAGACCGAUGUCGAUCCAGUCACCGGCAAACGCAACAAUAGCGCCAGCUUUCCCACGGUCGGCCACAGUCCGUCGACAACCUCUUGGUGGAACGACACCUCGAUGCUGCCGGGGGCUUCCAAAGGGUCGAAUGCGUCGGGUUACACUACAACGUACGAUCGCUUGCGAGUUGCAUCCGCCUUAUCCACUACGUUCUUCCCUGUAUACAACUUCAGGAAUGGCGGAAAGGGCAAGAAAUACUUUGUCGCGGGAGCAAUUGCAUUUGAAAUGGAUGGAAUGAUGGUUGGAUACAGGGGGUGCGACUAUGAUGCCCAAUUAUCCCACUGGGUUUCGGGAAAAGACAAUGAGGCAGCCCAAGUGCGCCCGGAUCUUUGCCCGCUGAACAGCUACGGAUUCGAUCCUAGGUGCAGAGGGUGGUACGACACAGCCAAGAGGCGUGCAACAGAAGGACACGGCUUGUUUAUCACGGCUCCGUACAAACUCGACUUCUUCCACCAGGCUGAAACUACAGCGACGUCGCCAUUGAUCGACACGAGAGACAACACUUACUUGGGACAAGUUGCGCUGGACUUUCGGAUACAGGACAUUUUGGCAGAUGUAGCCCAAGAAACAGACGAGUACUUCAGCUUCAUUGUGUCGCCUUUAUUGGAUGCUGAUUCGCAGGGGGACACAGUCGCGGGUCCAAACUUUGAAAUUGGAAGCCCCCCCGAGUGGAUUGCAGAUUUAGUUCUGCCUGGGGACGGAAAAACUUCCAAGAACUACCAUGAUUUCAAGAACAUUACACUCCAAAUGAAAGGUGGUGCAUCGGGCGAAGCUGAAUUCUUUCGAAUGACCGACGAAGGAAAGGAGGAGUUGAUCCACAUGUUUUAUGCCCCCGUCCAUGUGCGGACGCUAACCCCUGUUCAACCAAACGAUUUCAGCAGAGGUGUCAACUUCUCUUAUGACGUCGUCUACUCGAUCGGCUUAGCUCAAAGCGAUGAAAUGCUUCGAGCCCCAUACCAGCAUGCAGAAGAGGAGGUAAACAAGAAGAUUCGGAAUGUUGAGGUUGUUUUCCUUGUCCUGGUUAUUGUUUCGUUGAUUGCUUGCACCAUCUUCACUGGUCUGAUAUCAAUUGAGGUAACCACACCCACCUUGAUUCUUCUCCAAGUUGUCAAGAAUAUCAAUGCGGGGAGAAUCGACGAUGACCUACCUCCACUGGAAGGUGGCAGCAGGGAAAGCAAUAAGGUGUACAUCGCCUUUGCGAAGCUCUUCAAAAUUGUUCGCGUUUCAAAUACUGCUUUCUUCAGCGGAAAUCUGGAGUGGGCCUACCAUUUUGUGAGGGGUGCACUGACGCUCUUUCACAAGAUCAACGACCGCAAGGCGAUUGGCGUGGCGAGCAACAACAUUGCGAACAUCCUUUUUGCAACGAUUCUGGAGAAGAUGCAAACGAGGAAAUCAAGCGAGCCUAAGGAUCGUGUAUACCUCGGGAAAGUUUGCUGCCCCGAGGCUGCUUCGCACCACUACGAGGAAUCUAUCGCCAUUGCAACAAUGGACCUCAACAAUGCGCCUCUGUUGGAUGACAGAUGCGGCUAUGCAUCACAGCUAGCAGACCGUCACUUUAAUAGAGCCAUGUUUCAUUUGAGAACAUCAGGGGAGCCGCGUGCAUCGGAUUGUCAAGAAAACCACCAAGGCUACGAAGAUUUGGCGAGAACGAAGGAGUUGGAUAUCGAUGUUCGCGAAUACUGGUUACACCACAAGCUUCUGAUGAGUAAUUCUGACUUGUAUUUUGACCGCAUCAUUCGCCGUCUACGAGGGCUUUCCAUUGUGAAUGACGAUGUCAGAGUGAAGGAAGUUUGGAAUGUCAGAGAACUUGUCGAGGAAGGGGACCGGCUGCUUUUUGCUGCAUGGGGAGAGGACGUUCCGCUGUUUCGUGAACUUGGCCAAGUCGGUCGUUUGCAGCAGCUUGAGAGCGCCCUGAUCUCGUUGGAACUGGCGUCUGGAAAUGUCGAGGAGGCCGCUCGACUUGCAAUGCGGAUGAUCAUCGAAGAUGAAUAUUUGCUUGAUUCCGCCUUUGUUGCUGCAGCCGACGCAUUCUUUCGGUUCAUGAACAUGGAAAGUUCGAAGGCUCCAAUGUGGUCGACCAGUACAGUUGCAAAGACAAAGGCCUCCAUCAGAGAGAUGUUGAGGAUGUGCAAAGACUCCUCAUUGGACACUGGCAAGGGGUUGGUGUUCUGCUUCGCGAUUGGGAACAGUGAUAUGGCCGAAGAGACUUCUUCAGAACUGAAGGAGCGCUGUUUGUCACUCUACGACCAGCACAGCGGUAAGGACGACGUCGUUGGUCUGGUUGGUGGUGCGUUCUUCGCAGAUGUUUUGAAGCACAAGGGGGCACGUGGCGCUGUCCAGCAGGAGUUGUUUGACGAAAGCUGUUGUCAGUCUAGCGGUGCAAGCGCGACCGAAGUGCUCCUUUCAGCUCAACAGCUUAUUGCGGAAUGCGCCGAUUUCCACGACAGCGAGACCUUCAUAGUGCUCGUGACUGAUGACAACGUUUCGAAAGCAGACAUCGACAGAGCUAUGACCCAGCACUCGUCCGGAAAAGUCAAGAAAGGAAGCAUUCAAACCAUGGUCAUUGGGUUGGCAUGCAACGACGGAUGCUCUGGUGAUAGAGGAAACCAAACUCGGAUAACCAGCACUCGUGGUGCGCAGCACAUUUGCACGUGCUCGCAGUCGAUUGGGGAUGCAAUUGAGGAGGUUUCUAACAUCAUCGUGGGUACAGCUGGAUUUGCCAAGAGUUCUCAGCAAGGUAUCACAAUGGAGAAAUUCUAAAACGGGCGGGGGAUGGGUUGCGGGAUUCUCAUUGCCGAGAGCAAAGAUCGAGCGCGAAUCUUGUCAGAUUGAGUGUUCCAGAUCGAAGAUUCCCCGUCGCUUAGUGGGAAAAUUUUGUGUCGGAGCAGAUUUGCCAUUCUUGUUCUUUGAACUGUGCUUCUUGAAUGGCAUCGGCAGACGAGUAAACCAUUGGCUGCAGCGGUCUACUAACCAGAAAUCCCGUAGGCACAGUAGUCCACUAAUAGUAGGAAAGGAUAUCUCAGCCCAGUUACAAUAGUUACUUGGGGCAAGGAUCACAAGAGCAGCCACAAAGAUUAGUUCCGUAGCAGACUGCCAGGUUGGUUGUUGGAACCAUAGAGUUUCCCACCAAAACUUUUCAUUUCAUGUGGUGAGAGUAUGGCGGCACACAAUCCAUCAGGGAUACUGCCUGUCAAGGAUGUGUUCAUGACUACCAGGCUGGUCAAGUUGUCCAACAAAAGUAGUUCCGUUGGAAGGGUUCCAGAUAAGUUGGUAUUUUGCAGUUCAACCUCCUCAAGACUAGACAACAAACCAACUUCUGUUGCAAGUGAGCCUGAGAAAAGGUUGUCAUUGAUACGGAACUUCUGUAGCUGGCUGAGUUGGGGGAGCACAUCUUGUUCUAGUGGUCUGCCUUCUAAUUGGUUGGAAUGAAUGAGCAGUACAUUUAGCUCUUGAGGGAGAGCAGACAGAUGGACAAGCAUGAGCAUGAGGUGAAUUUGCAAAUCUGGUAUGAGAAGACAACUCACGGGACAUCUUUGAUAACUCUUCUGGCAAAGUGCCAGUAAUGGAGUUCCUUUGCAAGUACAAGUAGUUCUGCACAAAAAAACAAAAAAAGACACAACUCCCUUAUUGCGUAGAGGCACCAUCACCACACCAGGUUCAUUCAUGAUAACUAAGUUUGUCAACAAUCCCAUCUCACUUGGCAAAGGGCUGUUAAGUUGGAAGUCGCUCAAAAUCAGGGUUGCCAGGUUGGUCAGCUUGCCAAUUUCAGCUGUUCACAGAAAAAUUUCCAAAACAUAUUCAGCAACCAGAAGGCGAAGACAAAGAACAUAUCUGAUGGCACUUACAUGGAAUGGAUGUGAACCCCCCCCCGCUUUCUGGUUGCCUAGACUUAGCAUCUCCAAAUUGUGCGGGUUUCCAACUACCUCAGUGAGGAAAGAUGUUAUAUCCAAUCCAGGGCAAUCUAAGAAACUCAACUUCUUCAGGUUCGACAAUCCAAGAAUCUCAGUGGGGAUUGACUUCAACAAUAUUACUAUGUCGGCCCAUCUUUUAAUUCAGCUCGCCGGUAUAUCUAUUACACCUCCGGUGUCCUUUUUAUUAAAAGGGGGGAAGUUUUCGUCAGCCAGUUGCUUUGAGUGGUACCGUACCGGUACGGUACUGUAGGGUUGAAUUAAGUUUUGCUGUUUUGGACAUCGAUCGAGCUGCCCUCGCAAAUGACGCGGUGGCAACCCGCAGUGCUCACCAAACUGGUGUUGGAAAUUGCCUCGUUGGCAGGUGGCAGCAAGGGCCAUUGAGACGUCUUCCCCAGGACAGAUUGAUGUCUUCGUUGAAGCGGACUACCUUGCAAAGCUGGCUAUGAUGGCCAGCUAGUUAGAGUGUAGAUCGCUCCGUCGUUGGGAUAGACUUCCUUUCAUAGCGCCUGCAGCUACCUAGCUAGUCUAUGGGGCGUCUUUCUUGCUAACUUUAAUUUAGUUUUAUCGUUUCGUUUUGUUGACCAGAUUAGUUCCUAAUUGUUUAUGAGUCCUCAUUGCUUCUAUCUUCUUGGCAUUUGGCACUGCCUUUUCAAAAGGCGAGCUACCAUGUUGCUGCUGCUUCUUUUAUUUUCAAAUGUAUGUACAGUUGGGUGUUGGUUGACCUUUUGGUCUCUUCUUGUGUGUGCUCUCAUCAUGCACUUCCUUCAUUUACUUGCUACCGAUGCGAAAGAGACGUCCUUUGGCAUACUGACGAUCGAGGAAUUCGUUGCACUCCUUCCAACGAUUGCGGGGCACAUAACUCAAAGGCGUGAAUCCUCUCUUGUCGAGAAUGUAAAGCUGCAUGGGCGAUUCGCCAAGGAGCAACUCCAUCUUUUCCAGCGUACCCGUACUGGCCGCCAACGACCAGGCGGCAUCGUGGAGGGGCGUACGACCGUAAUCGCAACAGACCCGCAUCGAGACACCCGCUUCGGUGAGCAAAAAGCGGAGCAUUUCCGGAGUGCCACGACGCACUGCCAAGUGCACGACGGUUUCUCCAAAUUGAUUGCAUGCUUGCAUGCGAUGUCCUUGUUGAUGCAUUUCCUUGAGCGCGUCGAGAUCGUGGUUGCGAAUCGCGCGAGUGAGUUCGUUCGUCCACGCACUGACGUAUUCGGGCUUGACGGGCAAAAAGAAUCCUUCGAGACUGUCGUAACUAAAACGUUCGGGUGUUCCACCAAUGAGAGUGGCGAGGUAAUCGUCGGGUUUGGGAAUGGAUUCGUCGUACUUCUCUUCUUGAGGAGCUUGCAUGAUGGAUGUCACCAUGUUGCCGUUGAAACUGAUGCUGUGCUUGAUCUUUUUGCGUUCUGCCUCUUGCGCUUUUUCCACGGCCAUUUUCAUCUGCAACAGAUUGGCCAUGGACGAGGAACCUUGCACACCGCGACGGAGUGGACCACCGCCGCCGGCAAGAAUCAUGGUGGGCAUUUCUCCACCGCCGUUUCGGUCACGACGUCUCCGGUUCGACUUGCGAGAAUCGCCCAUGCUGCUGGUUCCCAACAUGCUCUUGAGCGAACUGGCCGAACGCACACGCUGCAAUCCAGUGCGCAUCUGGUUCAUACUCGCUUGGACAUCCACCGCCAUGGCGUUCUCGUCUUCGUGUUGCAGCGAGACGUCGCUGUCAUCGUCGUCAUCACUCGAGUCUUCAUCGCUGUCUUCUUCCGAAUCCUCUUCGCUGUCGUCAUCGUCAUCGUCAUCACUGUCACUACUGGAGAGGUCUUCGUCGUCGCAAAACAUGAAAUCAGAGGAAUCCAUGGGAUCCUCCGCGAUACCACCGGACGCCAAGCUUUGAUCCAUCAUCAUCAUGAGUGCCGCUGUGGAUGCCUUGACGGGCAUUGUACCUUGUGUGGAACCGGGGCUGCUGCUUCCAACUUGAUUCAGAUAUACGGGCAUGCUGGUGGUGGGCAUGGAUGGAGUGAUCGAGUGUUGCUUUGAUUAUGAGAGGAGUGUGGGUUCCUGGAG